UUACGUUUUGAUGCCAAAAAUCAAUGAAUUUUCUCUAUUUUCUAUUAUUUAUUUUCUAUUUUUUAAAAGAGAAAAUAUCAAAAUAAAUAACAAUACGUAUCUCAUAGAUACAUAGAUAUAAACUAUCUUAUUUCGAGUGAAUUAUGUAAUAUAUACAAAUGUUAAAUAUUAUUUGCUAUUUUUUUAUUUAUUACACAAUAUCCAUUUCAAAUAACAUAUUUUAUAGAUAACACGUUUUUUUAAAUAAAUGUCUUCAGUGAAUUCAAUUUUUGUAUUUGGUUCCUCGUGAUCCAUAAUUCGCGGCCAGGGAGCACCAGGGAGCACCCUCGCGAUCACGCCACUGCUGCCACGCAGAAACGCACGCACAUAGAAGCAUCUAUUGAUUUUCCGCGUGGCGCUUUCGACGAUGCGCGUAACGUCGCGCGCACACCCACACGACGAUACACGCGGAGGGCGCGCGCUUCGUUUUUGUUCGUGAAAUCGUCAAAGUUCGCGCGAUGGCGCGAUGUGACGCGUUUUGGUUCUCUCGAGGACCAGUGUCCUAGCGAGUGAAAAAGAAGUUUGCACCGAUCCAACGCGAAGCGAGAGAGAGAAACCGCGAGCGCAACGUAGUCAUGUCGAUUGCGGGAAAGUCGCGGGACGCGAUCCCGUCGUUGAUUGGUCGAGCGGUGUGAUCAGCGGGGGUUCGAGGAAGGGUGAUCGUCUCGCACGCCAGGGCAGGAGCACCCGCACCCGCUCUCUCAUCGUCGCCUCCCCCCUCCCCGUUUCAUCUCGUCUCUCUCUCUCUCUCUCUUUCUACACGGACCCCGAGCGCCGGGGGUUUACGUCGCCGGGACGGCAGAUGUCAGGAUGCCGGAGCAGAGCAACGACUAUCGCGUGGUCGUGUUCGGGGCGGGCGGCGUCGGCAAGAGUUCCCUCGUGCUGCGCUUCGUGAAGGGGUCCUUCCGCGAGUCCUACAUACCGACCAUCGAGGACACCUACAGACAGGUGAUAAGUUGUGACAAAAACAUAUGCACACUUCAAAUUACGGACACAACGGGGUCCCAUCAGUUUCCCGCUAUGCAGCGGCUCUCCAUAAGCAAAGGUCACGCCUUCAUCUUGGUGUACUCGGUGUGCUCCCGGCAAAGCCUCGAGGAGUUACGACCGAUCUGGGCCGUGAUAAGGGAGCUCAAGGGCCAAGAUAUCUCGCAGAUCCCCAUUAUGUUGGUCGGGAACAAGUGCGACGAGAGCCCGUCGGUGCGUGAGGUGUCGAUGAGCGAGGGCGCGGCCGAAGCGGCCAACUGGGGCUGCGGUUUCUUGGAGACCUCGGCCAAGACGAACCACAACGUGGACGCCCUGUUCCGGGACCUACUCACCCUCGAGAAGAAUCGCUCGGUCUCGUUACAGCCGGUGCAGAGCAACAACGCGAUAAGACUCAAGGAGAAGUGUGCCGUUAUGUAAAAAAAAAAAAAAAAUAUUUACCACGCUCCGAUUUGCAUCGCGAUCCGACGACGAUGACUGACGAUGACGACAACGACGACGUGUACGAUCACGGCGAGACACUCGCCAAACGAGAUCCAGCCAAGAGCCAACGGUUUCGCCAACGACGGACGACUUGUUCAUGACUUGAAUCCCUAGCGAUUUCCGUCUCUCCGCGUCGAGAGAUCCGGCAAAAGAAAAAUCCGUUUACGGCGUGUCGUACUCGUUACACUCGUAAAAACGCGGGCCUAGAGAGCAUCUUCGAAAAGAGAAACACUUCGAAUUUUUAAAAUAAUUUUUUUAGGAAUCCCGAGAGAGAGAAAGCUUUUAGAAUGUUCAAUUUCGAGAACGAUUCUGGGCCUUCGGACGGGUCAGCUGGUGCGACCUGAAGAAGACAGAAGGCGUUUUCAGUUGGCGACGAACACGCGCGAAGGAAUCACUUGUCGAUUUCGUGUGUAUGUGUGCGCCCGUCGUUGCUCAUCGAUGGUGAAGCCUUUUUUUUACCUUAAGUUACGAUACACUUUACGCAAUAGACCACUUGACCGCGCAUCAUUUCUCUCUGUGCUCGAUGACGACAGAUUAUUAUACUCGAGUUCCCCCGUUCCUGUUUCUUUUGACUCCGUCAUGGAAUCGUCCGCGGUAAUCUCAAUCUGCGACGAGAACCGGCAAAAGCAACGAUACCAGUACCAAUUUUAUCGAGAACAAUUUCGCGUUUCUCAGCCGCUGAUACAGGAAGUCCGGUGAUUGUAGUAACAAUCUCAGCAAACCUGUUGUAAACCAAUUAAUACGCGACAUAUCACGAUAUGUAUGAGAUUUUCAUUUUGAGACGAGAGAAAUAAUUUUUAUAGGAAAGAUUUAGUCAUUAUAAAAGAUCUGAUUGUAACACAGCUAACUAUUUUUUCAAAAAAUUUCUUUCAUAAAUAUAUUAUACUUUCUUAUUUCAAUGACAUUGAUAUAUAAAUAAGUGAUAAUAAUAGUGACGAUGUAAGAGUCAUAGUAUAUAAUUAAGUAUAAUUAAUUCUAAUUAAUUCUUUGAAUUAUAGCGGGACAAAUUCGAGUUGUCGCUUGUCGUAAUUAACUUCACGCUCUCUAUCUAAAUAGCGACUAAUUAUCAUUGCAGAUAAUUAGUAAUUUCUCUGGUUCGCAGCGCCGGAAAAGACCCCGACAUCGUCGAAAAUAGAGUCGUGUACAAAAAAAAAACGAUUGAUUAAUCUCUUAGUCGAGCGAUUAUUAUUAGAAUAAUCGUUCUCAAAACUUGUUCGUCGCUCUCUCUUUUCGGUUUUCGUUGAAGCAUCGCUCACGUCGAGAUCGUUCCUUUUGCAUACGGAUAAACAACGAAUUGUCAUGGAAGAUCAACGAACAUAAGUAGUGGUCUGUCUGUCGAGUUUUAUCACUCGCAGUCGAUGCGGUCCUUUCUCGCAUAGAUCGAUUUAUCGGAACCCUCGAUAAUAAAUGUAUCAAUUCUGUUUUGUAUUGAAUGUGAAAAAUGUUGAAGAUACGCGAAAUAUCAGUGAAAUACAGUUCAGAAAGAUGUAAGUUUUGGGACACUACGUUAAAGGGUUCAACAAAAUAUACGAACGCGAACGCAAAAGUCAUUAGGAAUGAGUUAUCGCCGAGCGCGUAUCCAGACUCUCGGUAAAGUAGGUACGUUGAAAAAUAUGAACUUGAGUGAUGAGGGGGGGGGGGCUUUAAUAGGGAUCUACUCGUUCGGCGUCUUUUUUUUCUCGCGGAUCGUCUCAAUUUAGCUAACGUGCCGAAUCGAUAGCAGACCCGGUACCCUUCCAUGAAAAUUCCGCAAUGCUCCGCAAUCGGAGACUACCGCACGACGAUUAGGGACUGGUGUAACGCGCGCGCGUGAAAGUUAUUUUAUGAGGAUGACAAGAAAGACAGAGAGAAUGCGAGAAGAGAGAAAGAGAGGGAGGGAGAGAGAGAAAGGUGAAGAAAGAGUGAAAGUGUGCGUGUGCGAACGACGACGAAUAACAAGUAGAUAAGAGUUGUUACGAGAUUGGUUUUUGUUGAAUAGUUGUAAGAAUUUUGUAAUGACUAUGCUAGCUAAUUAGGAUUACAAGCGAGCAGCAAGACACAACAUAAAUUUCUACACACGGUACAUACACACACAUACAGACAAGUUGUAUUAAUUUAUAUUAUUGAGCGUGCAAACUUACACACACGUACAUAUAUGCACACAGAUGUGAACACGAGAUUUGUCGAUAGGCGCAUCGCGAGGGAUUACGAGAUUGUAACUGUACAUGUGAUUACGACGCACGUUUUCCAUAUCGACGCAGCGUUUUUAAUGUUUUUUCCAAUGGGAAAGAUUAAACCCGAGGGGUUUUUAGGCAUUUCCUACGGGAAACCUCGGACGAAACAUUUAGACAAUUAGCGACGUAAAAUUACAUCACGUUUUCACCUUCUCCCUCUCCCUUCCCUCCCUCCCCCCUCCGCCUGUUCCCUUUUGCGGCAUAUCGGUUGAACGUUGUAUCCGUAGUGACGCGUAUUAACGCGACUUCCCUUUAUCACAUCCCAUUUUACGGAUAUAUCAGCAAAGACCGGAGCCUCCUUCUCCUUCUCCUCCUCCUCCUCCUCCUCCUCCUCGACACGUUCCUCGGGCCACAUCGCGCGUCGCGACGCCGUCGCGUCCGCCGUCGGACGUCGAUACGAUCGAUGUAACACCACGUCGCGCUAACGAUGAUGUUGAUAAUGACGAUGACGGUCCGCCGCCUGCACUUGAACGCGUCUCGACUACUGGCACCGUGUGAAGGGCCGUAUUUAUAGCCGUCGACGGCACUCGAGAUGGGAUAGAGUGUCUCGAGUGUGUAUCGAGUGAUGUGCAUACGCUCAUCAAGGACCUAAAUCGAACCCCCAUCGAAUAACUAACACACAUAUCCUCGUCCUCGCAAUAAUGUUAAUAUGUCUCACCCUGGGAAAAUUACUCGUCGAGAAUGGAAUAUUCCGGGCUCGAGUGUCGAAAAUUCGGAUAUUAAAAAAUACCCCCCUCCCUUCCCCUUUCCUCUACAUCUCUUCUGCCCCUAGAACACGUCUCUCCUCUUCGUUCUGUAUAUAGUUAUAAUCUCCCGACGCGCGUUCUCACUUAACUGUGAAUAAUAACGGAGAUAAGGGCGUCCUAAUUGAAUCUUAUCGUUGCUCCGCUCAUAGCUGCUUUACGUAUCGUCUGAUUAAUUUAUACUCGCUAUAAAUACGACCUCAUGAGAGAGAAUCUCAUGCGGAGGCCGACGGACACGUAGUACGACGCGAGGUAGGACUAAUCGGCGAUCUGGCUCGAAAUUGAAGAUCAUCCUUUGAGCAAGUCGACAAUACAUCCAUCCUAGAGCCAGGCAAGCCGGAGCGUUGGUUGUUGGCAACGUGAAUGCCAUCAAUUACAGCGAUCAUCGAGGCGAGCCGAGGCCUAGAAGUGACCAUCGGGUAUACGAUUAUUAUACUACAGACUACACCGAUCAAUGUCGUGAUUAUAAAAAUUAAUUAG